UCAGAGGAGGCGGCCUUCAGACAUGGAAAGAAAGCUCCUAAAGAAGGAAGUGAGAAAGCUGCUGAGAGAUUAUAUUGGCAUCAGACUUCGGGAAAAUGAAUUUGACCCAAAAGGAAGAAGGCAACUCUCCAUUCUAGAUGAUGUGGCGCACUAUGACUUGGCCAUCAGCGUCGCGCUGCAAUGGCUGGGUCACUCAGAAGACUUAACUUGGCUGGAGCGGGAGGCCAGGAAUAUGCCGUUUCAUGGCAGACCCAUGUAUCCAAACCGCAGAGAACGAGAAGCAAUGAUUUUGUCAUCCUAUGCUGGAAUCUUAAUGAACAGUGUUCCAAUUGAAGAAGUCUUUAAAAUCUAUGGAGCUGAUUCUGGUACUACCAAGGCUCCCCGGGCUCCCUUGUUCCGUUCCUUGCACCCCUUUGCCAUGCUGACGGCCCCCACUGCAGCAGAAUACUCCGGGAAACAGAGCGUCAAGUUAAGAAGGAGAACAACGAAUAAAAACAUCACCAGCCAUUCUGCAAAGGAAAUACCUAACACAGGAUGGAAAUUAUCAAAAAACUUCUCACGCUUACUACCAAAGAACAAAGUCACUUAGAACUUGGAUUUGAAUCCUGGUCCGUCAUUGACAAGGCCUCUGGGAGGAGAUUUU